AUGGAUAGGACAAAUGAGGUUUGUCCAGUAAACGAAUGGUAUGGUUGUAUUGAAACGACAAAAUUGGGAUAUAUGAAAGAAUCUGUCGAUAAGGAAAUAAUUUUGUGUGACACAGAAAUAGCAAGAAGAAAAGAAGAGAUCGAAAGUUACAGAAAAUUACAAAAACAUCUCGAGGAUCUCCCAAAAAAGCUUACACAUAAUGUUAACGUUCCUUUGGGUAAAGUGGGUUUUAUGCCUGGUCGAAUCGUGCAUACCAAUAAAGUAAUGGUUUUACUUGGUGAUAAUUAUUUCGCAGUAUGUUCAUGCUUUCAUGCAUGUCAAAUUAUUGAUCGUCGAAUAUCUUAUAUCCAGAAGAGUAUCGACGAUUUUGAAAAAGAGAGGAAGCGUGCUUUAACUCAAAUGGAGUUCGGUAGCGAAUUGUUUGAUUUGGGGAAGGAACAAGUUGAAAUACGGGAACCACUUGAUGAGGCAAAAUAUGACGAAGAAAAAAAAUUUAGAUAUAUGCGUAAAAAAAAUUAUAUGGAACAAGAAAAACUGGAAGGAAGAUGCAAUGCUGAGGAAGACUUCGAGCAAAAAAACGGAAGAUUAAAUAACAAGAAAGAUACAGCUGAGACAAUUAGUGAAUUAGUGAAUGCGGAAUAUUUAUGUAUGAAAACACAUGAGAAGCUGGAUGAAACCAAAGAUUAUGAUGAAGGAAUUACAGAAGGAUUUGAUGAAAAAAUCGAAAAUUUUUCUGCGGAUUAUCAGAAAUUGUUAGAAAGAUUGGAUGAACUUGAAAGGCAAGAAGAAGAAGCAGGUGAAUUAGAAAGCGAUUAUAGCAGUAGUCUUGAUUCGGAUGAUUUUCCUUUGAAAAGUAAAAAAGCUAUAAAUAGCAACACUUCAUUGAAAGAGAUAGAAGAAGUGAAAAGGAUGGAAACGGUGCACAAUGGAAAGGAAAGCAUUACUCAAGUGGUGUUAAAGGAAGCAAAUAAUGAAUCUCAAAAAGCACAACGUAUAGUUCGUUUCAAAAGUGAAGAUGAAGCUUAUUCAGCUAAUACAACACCAAUUUCAUCACCAAAUUCAGAAAUAUCGCUGCAUGAAAAUGAACCGAAAAUAAUUAUAAAUGAGGAUCCGCGUUUUUCAUGUCCUUUGCCACGUUCCAUUUUACGAAAUUUUAAUGAAAAAUCUCCAGUCGAUGUAGAUGCUUUAGCUGCUGCUGAGUCAGAAAAUCGGAAAGAAAUUAUACCGAUUUCUGGACAGGCAUUUACGGGUAAAGUAUUGGAGAGGUGUCCACCUGUCAAUAACGAUACAAAAAUCAGCGAAUCAAUACCAGUUACAAUGUCUUCAAAGGAUGGAUCACCUCGACGGGCUUCACGUUUUAAAAUGUCACGCGCACAUCUCGAUUAG